AUGGAACAUACGAAUCAAGCAGUAGCUAGCGUUUCUGCUUCUGCUCAAUCAGAGUCACUUGCAGAAAUAUGGAAUAUGCAGAAAAAUGCAAACUAUAUUGAUAAAAACUUUCCGUUAUUCUUAUCAGUAUUUGAAACUGCAAAGAUUCCAAUUCUUUUUGUUUAUCCAUUCUUAUCAUUCUUCUUCAUCCAGUUUAUUAUCGUUUCAAUAUGGCCAUGGAAUCAGUACUGGGAAUCUCAACCAGAUCAACAUAUCAUGAAAUGGCUAAGAACAGUAUUGUAUUUCGUUCCCCAACCUGCAGAACCGACUUAUUACUUAAUAGUUUCAAUAGUUAUCUUUAUCAUUAAUAUGUCAAUCCUUAUCAUAAUUGAAUGUCAGCUGUUUUACUACAAACUCCAAAGAAAAUUCAUUAUUGCCCUUAACUAUCCAGUAAGAUUAUACUUUGAUGCCGUAUUGGUAGCAACUAUUACCCCUGCGAUUAUCGGCACCGGUGAAACGUUUGUUCUUUUAUGUCACGGAAACACAAACUAUAUGAUCAUUAUUUCAUUUAUAUUGUAUGCUCUUAGUGUGGCGUACGAAUCAUAUUCAUUUUUCAUUGUUCAGAACUUUGCUUCAAAGUCAAUUUGCGUUAAUGUUUCUCCAUUAUUGAAUUUUGAUCCAACUUUGAUGAUUAUGACCUUACUGACGAUGCUUAUAUGCAUUCUUCCAUAUUUCUUACUCACAAUUUUUGAAUAUUGGGUUCAAUUAAUCUCAAUUGGUCUUCAUAUCAUAUUAAAUUUGUAUUUGUUUUACUAUACAUGCGCCAAUUUACCAUAUGUUGAUAUCUUGACAAUGGCUCUCGGCGUAGGCUGGUAUAGUGGUUGCAUCUUUGGUGACGUUACUCUUGUAGCAGGUACUUUUGUCAAUUCUAUGUCUUACAAGAUUCCAUUAUAUGGGUCAAUUGCAGUUUUUGUUGGUUUAACGGGACCUGCAUUAUUAUUUUUUAUUAUUAGAAUUAAAGCAGUCAAAAAACAAUUAGACGUCGAUUACAUAAAGCAAGAUGAAGCAAAUAACUACUAUACUGAACUUGGAUUAGAUAAGAAUCAAAACAAAGCCCUUUGUUAUCUGAAAAUUGCAUUUCAAAACUAUUGUCCGUCAUUUUACAACUGGACACUCAUAAUAUUUUUAAUGGAGCAUUACGAAACAGAAACAGUAAUCUCUCUCUGUCUCCAAUUAUUAACAUUCUUCCCAAAGGAAACUAGAUUACAGAACAGAUUGGAAAGGAUGCUUUCAAAGAGAAGAACAUUAACAUUCCAGACCAGAUAUCUAAUCUUCCAGAUUCAAACGUUGAAAUCUUUGAGACAAUUUGAUGCAAGACUCAAAUCAAACUCAAACUCAUAG